AUGCCGCUAUCCAGUGAUGAUUGCCUCUUCAUAAACAUUUGGACCCCGUAUCUACCCUCAACUGGUACCAAGUCGCUGUCAAAGGUCGCAUUGAAACCCGUCUUGGUGUACCUCUAUGGAGGGGCGUUCCAGUUUGGAUCCGGCAAAGAUCCCAAUUUUGAUUUAACGAACAUCGCAUCGAGAGGCGACGUGGUGGCGAUUACCAUCAACUACCGCCUUGGAAACGCCGGCAUGCUUGUGUUCAAGGAUGGCAUACACCGGGGCAAUUAUCCUAUCAACGAUCAGAUCAGCGGCCUGAAAUGGGUGUCCGAAAAUAUUGCAGCCUUCGGCGGUGACCCUAACAAGGUGACCAUUCUGGGCGAAUCUGCAGGUGCCAUGUCCGUUCGCUACCUCAUGGCGUCACCAGAAGCUAAAGGGCUCUUCCAUGGUGUCAUGCUGCAGUCAGAUGGGAACGAAGGUAUCGCGGCCGCUGCUGGACGUUUCUGGUCUAUCGAGCAGUCUUACGAGUACUUCACCAAGAACGUCCUUGAGCUUGUCGGAUGCGCUGACGCAGAGGAUGAAUUGACCUGUCUUCGCGAGGUUCCAGGUGUCAUUUUAUCAGGUCUCCCGGAAAAUCGAUCUAUUGCCAACGUUGCCGUAAUCGAUGGAAAGUACCUGACCACACCAUUUCUACCUGUCGAUGGGUCCGGCUUCGCACAGGACAUUCCCGUUCUAGGGGGCGUCGUGCGAGACGAGAUUGCCAUCUUUGACAUUUUGCAAAACCAGAUCUACUGGCCAGCCGUCACCUUCGAGAUUUGGGUAGGCUUUUUGUGCCUGUAUCAAGAUUUCCUGCGAGUCAGUCCAGCAUCGAUACUAAACAGCUUGCCGCUUUGGAACCUCACGCCACAAUCCAACUAUACGCAGCUGUUUAACGCUACGUCCAAGAUCUUGACAGACAAUGUCUACGUCUGCACCGAACAAGCCAGGGCAUACUCUGGAGUCAAGAACGGAGCUUUCAAGAGGGUCUAUGCCUUCAACGCCUACCGAACUUAUAGCGCGCCUACCAUCACGGCGCCAUACUGCAACGCGCCAGUCACGGCGGAUCACCCUUUCGGAGAUCCCAGCCUUGAGUACUACAAAUGUCAUGCUUCGACGCAGACGACAAUGUUUGGAAACUAUGCACGGAUGGGUAUGCCUGAAAGAGACGAGUUCGACCUGCCGUUCAGUCAGUUAAUGGUGGACUACUGGGCAUCCUUUGUGCGAAGUGGAGACCCGAAUCCGGAUCAUGCCUGGCUCGCUGCCAGAGGCUUUGCGUCUACUCUGGCUGAAGUCAAAAGGGUGGGCGUGUGGUCGGAAGUGGACGCGAGCUCCCCGGAGUGGAUGAUUCUCGAAUGGGGGGGACACAUGGCACCCUUCGGCAAAGAAGCAGAGUGCAAGGCGCUGGGCCAGCCUCUCACCUACUGGGAAGACCCUGCGCCUGGACCCAAUCCACCAUCAGAUAUCUGUAGCUUCCUCGGCGGAGAUCAAUAG